CACAGGGGCGUCCUUGCGUCUUCCCGGAAGGUCAGUCUGCGCAGGAGACGAGACGAGGUGUAAACAAUCCUCUCCGAGCGAUUCAUUUACAGUGGCACGGUAACCGAAUACUCUUAUUUCGUAGAAGCGGAUUUAGAAGCAGAAGCAGAAUGAGUUCCGCGGGGCUGGAGAAGCUGCGGAUGACGGGCGCGGGCAGAGCCAUCGCCGCGCUGACCAGCGGAGGAGACGCGCAAGGUAUGAAUGCAGCGAUCCGCGCUGUGACCCGGAUGGGCAUCUAUGUGGGCGCCAAGGUGUAUCUGGUGUAUGAGGGGUAUCAAGGACUGGUAGACGGAGGAGACAAUAUUAAACUGGCCAACUGGCAAAGCGUCACCAAUAUAAUUCAACUGGGAGGAACCGUGAUCGGCAGCGCCCGCUGUAAGGCCUUCACCACACGAGAGGGGCGUUUAGCCGCGGCCUUUAACCUGGUGAAGCGUGGCAUCUCUAACCUGUGCGUCUGUGGCGGUGACGGCAGCCUCACGGGGGCCAACAUCUUCCGCUCAGAGUGGAGUGGACUCCUCGAUGAGCUGGUGAAGAAAGGUCGAAUCACAGCGGAAACGGCCAAGCAGCACGGGCACCUGAACAUCGUGGGUCUGGUGGGCUCCAUCGAUAAUGACUUCUGUGGAACGGACAUGACCAUCGGCGCUGACUCCGCCCUCAACCGCAUCACUGAGAUCAUUGACGCCAUCACCACCACAGCCACCAGCCAUCAGCGCACAUUUGUGCUCGAGGUCAUGGGUCGCCACUGCGGGUAUCUAGCGCUGGUUUCAGCUCUGGCGUCUGGAGCUGAUUGGCUGUUCAUCCCUGAAGCCCCUCCUGAGGACGGCUGGGAAGAGCUCAUGUGCGCUAGACUUGGAGAGAGCCGCAGUAAAGGAUCCAGACUGAACAUCAUCAUCAUCGCUGAAGGAGCCAUCAACAAAAGCGGUGAGCCCAUCACCUCCAACUACGUCAAAGACCUGGUGGUGUCGCGUCUGGGUUACGACACCCGGGUCACUGUUCUGGGUCACGUCCAGAGGGGCGGGACACCGUCAGCCUUUGACAGAGUUCUGAGCAGUAAGCUGGGCGUCGAGGCCGUGGUGGCCCUGUUGGAGGCGGGACCGGACACUGCCGCCUGUGUGAUCGGCCUAUCAGGAAACCAGGCCGUGCGUCUCCCGCUAAUGGAGGCCGUAGAGAUGACUAAAGAGGUUCAGAGGGCCAUGAAUGAAAAGCGGUUUGAAGAAGCCAUCCAGUUACGGGGCAGGAGUUUUGAGAACAACUGGAACAUUUAUAAGUUGCUGGCCUAUCAGAAACCUGCUGCGGUCCAGAGCAACUACUCCAUGGCCAUCCUGAACGUGGGAGCUCCAGCCGCCGGCAUGAACGCUGCGGUGAGGUCGGCGGUGAGGGUCGGUCUGGCCUCAGGACACCGGGUUUACAUCAUCAAUGAUGGAUUUGAGGGUCUGGCCAAUGGAGCGGUGAAUGAAGUGUCGUGGAAUCAGGUGGCCGGUUGGACGGGUCAGGGCGGCUCUCUGCUGGGAACUAAACGAACCCUCCCAAGCACCUGCAUGGAGAAGCUAGUGGAAAAUCUCAGCAAGUUCAACAUCCAGUCACUGUUUGUCGUCGGUGGUUUUGAGGCGUAUGAGGGCAUACUGGAGCUGGUUGAAGCGAGGGGGCGUUAUGAUGAAUUAUGUAUUCCCAUGUGUAUCAUCCCUGCCACCAUCAGCAACAAUGUUCCAGGCACUGAGUUCAGUCUGGGCAGCGAUACUGCGGUUAAUGCAGCGAUGGGUAGCUGUGAUAAGAUCAAGCAGUCGGCCACAGGGACCAAGAGGAGGGUGUUUGUGGUGGAGACUAUGGGUGGAUUCUGUGGUUAUCUGGCAACCACCACGGGCAUCGCUGUCGGCGCAGAUGCCGCUUACAUCUUCGAAGAUCCUUUCAACAUCCAUGACCUCAAGACCAAUGUGGAGCAUUUGACGGAGAAAAUGAAGAAGGACAUUCAGAGAGGUCUGGUGCUGAGGAAUGAGAAAUGCCAUGAGCAAUACACCACCGAUUUCAUCCAUAAGCUCUACUCAGCAGAAGGGAAAGGGGUGUUUGACUGCAGGGUCAAUGUCCUGGGACACCUGCAGCAGGGUGGAGUGCCGACACCCUUCGACAGAAACUACGGCACUAAACUGGGCGUUAGAGCCGUACAGUGGCUGACAGAGAAGAUGGCUGACAAUUUUAGACUAGGUCGUGUGUUUGCCAACACCCCAGACUCGGCCUGUGUGAUCGGCCUGUAUAAGAAGGUUCUGACCUUCAGUCCCGUCACUGAGCUGAAGGACCAGACGGACUUUGAACACCGGAUGCCCAAGACGCAGUGGUGGCUGAAUCUUCGACUGAUGCUGAAGAUGUUGGCAAAGUAUCAGACGUCCUUCAACGAGUAUGUGACGGGAGAGAUUGAACACGUGACCCGUCGCUCUCUCAGCAUAGACACCGGGUUUUAAAACAACGCACUGCCAGUGCCAUCCUUUAAUCAACACACCCGACUGCCACUCCUCCGUUAAAACGGGUAAAUGUCUGAUUCUUUAGUGAGUAAAGGAGGGUAAACUCCAGACUUGUGCCUAAACCUGAUUUUCCUCUGCAUUGGAGGUCUGUAUUUGCACCAUCUUUAUGCUGGACUGAUGCAGUGUGUACCAAACUAGAUCACUCCUAUUGUAAUUAACAGAACUAUGAAUAAAUUUACAUUAAUCCAGAUACAUUUGAAAGCAUUUCCGUUUCGAAACACUCUCCAUCCACACUGAAAAAACUUAAAAGCUUAAAUCGUCUUACUGCACAUGCAUGAAACGUAAUAAAAGCUCACUGAGAUGAUACCAGAUGUAAUAAAGUCCUCAAGCUAUUCUUCAGGCACGAUUAUUUUAUUAGCAAAAUAUCUCUUCACUGACUUCUGCUUCCAGUUCGCACUCAUUCGGCAUUCCAUGUUUUGUCUAAAACACAACUGUCCUCAUGUUUUGCCGCAGCAAUUGCGAGUAAAUUUUCUGUCAUCUUUCCAAGAAUACAAUAUGAAGAUUGUAUGAAGUAACAUUUAUUUUUAACAACAUUAUAAAAGUAAAUAGCUGGCACAACAAUACCAGCGUUGUGCUGAAUUUCAACCCCCCUGCCAAAUUAUUACCCCCCUCGUUGAAGUCGCUACCUGAUUGCGUAAUCUUAACCCCACCCCUAAUCCUAACCCCUCCCCCAAUCCUAACCCCUCCCCCACACCUACUCCUAAACCUACCAAUACUAGGGGGGUAAUAAUAAUCUGGCAGGGGGGUCAGAAUUCGGCACAACAUCUGUACAAAAAAGAUAUCAAUGAGUACAGUAUGUGUCACAUGACUAAACAUACAUCGUUUUCAAAUACCUCAGUUUUCAUGCUACAAAGCAGAAACGGCAUUUUAUCCACUUAGGAUCCUUUAUCCUUUCGCAGGAUAAAAAUGUGUCUCAGUUUGAGCGAAACUCCAAAACGUAGAGAAAAGAUGCGUUUUCAAAUGUGUCUGGAUUAGUGUAGCUUUAGCCUAUGAACACUGCAAAUAUUUUUGACUACAAAUGUCAUAUGUGUGAAUCUAUUGCUAUAAACUGUAUUCGUUAUAUAUUUGAAUCACUUCAGACCAUUUCAUCAAAGCCAGCUUGUGACGUUUCCGGUCUUCUAAUUAAAAUCACCUUGUUGUUAACUAUAUGUAUACGCAACUGUAGCAAAGCCAACCUGUAAAGUUAUUUUGUUGUUCAAAAACAACUAAUGCAAAGUAUUUUUCCUGGUGCAAUGCAACACCAGUCACUUCCAGUGUAGACACUGUGGUAUUCUUUAUACUAAACUGCUGCUGUUCGCAGAUACUUCUUCAACUGAAAAGUUUCUGCAGAAUUCAUUGUUAUUCAUUUUUAUUCCAGUAGUUUUUUCCAUAAGGGAAAUGGUUUGGUAUAUCGUGAUGAUCACGAGCAGGUAAAGGUGGAGAUUGUGAACCUGGUGCUGUGAUUGUUAAACAUUUGAACAGGUAAUUUGUGGUUGUGAGCUUCAGUAUUGUGUCUGUGAUAUUGUGAUUAGUGUGAAGCAAUAGAUAGUUCUAGUGCAGCAUGUUUUACAUCUCCAGUAUUUAAUACUCUAAAUUGACAUUCAUUUCAAAUUCUAGAAAAUAAUGAACCAGGUAUGAGAGUGUAAAUGUAACAGGUGAAUGAAAGUACAUAAAGCCUAUUGAGGAUUUUUUGCUCUUUUGGCAUUAUUUUUGUACACACACUAACAUAAUGUUUUGCAUUGCAGUAAAAAGACUUUUUGUUUAAUUGUCAUGAAAAUGUCACAAUGCAAAAAUCAUAAUGAUCCUGAAAGUUUCAUUUUCUUUUCGCAAAAUGUAACUUUUCUCCUGAUUUUAGGGGUGAAAUAUGGUCUGCUUUGGCCAGUUGCAUAAACGACUGAGACUAGUCUUAAAAGUUGUCAUAUAAUUUGAUUCUUCAAGACUGGUCCAAACUUUUUAAAUAUAUAUAUAUAAAAAGAUAGAUAAGUCUAAUUUGAAUUGGAUAAGACUGAUUACCUCUAGUUGGUCAAACUAGUUCUUAAGACACUGUAUUAACGUGUGUUUAUGCAACUGGACAGGUGUUGUUUCACCUCAGAUCAUUUCAUUUGCAUAUGGACCUUUUUAUAUUGUAUUACUGUAAACAACUAUGAAAUGGCUAUUUUGCUGAAAUCUACAAAACGUUAAGGCUCGUUCACACCAAGAACAAUAACUAUAAAGAUAACGAUAUAGUUAUAAAAAUCGUUCUAAAUAUAAAAGAAUAGCACUGUCUGUCCACACCACAGCUAUAAUGAUAACGACAGAGAAACGAUAUCGUUGGGAUCACUUUCAGAAAUAUUUUUUCCUGCUGUUGAAUGAUAAAACUCUGACAGCCAAUCAGAAUCCGUUCUAAUUUAAGGGCUCGCGCAUUUAAAAUGGCGGACGACAUUGUGGAGAAGUUAAUCACCGACGUCCAGAAAAAGCCACCACUUUUUUUGACAAUUCAAACCCCCUUUUCAAGGAUACUUUAAAGAAAAUGGAUAUAUGGAAAACAAUCGUCAUAGCCUCAGAAUAAAUGGUAUGAGAAGUAUUAACGAUGAGAUCAUUAUGGCAGGCUAGCAAACAGUUUACCUCAGGUAUCCAGCGCUAGUUUCGACAACAUUUUCUUGCUUCCUUUGAAGUUGCAGUGAAAAAAAGACGUUUUUAUUCCACUAUAUUGACUUCCGUCAGCUAAAUUCACUGCUGUUCACUCCAAACAUAGCAUGCUGAGGACAUCUGCUGGUUAAAGCCGUGUAAAUGCAAUAAGAACAGCACAAACGUUGUAAACGCUUUGAAACCGCAGCGCCCGAGAUUAGAAUAAACAGACCGUUAUCGUUCGUUGGUGUGGACGCAAAUAUAGUUAUCGUUAUAAUUAUCUCUAGUUAUCGUUCUGUGAACGGGCCUUUAUGCAGUAAGUUUUUCACUGUUUCAGCUGAAUGUCAUAUUAAAAGGAAUGUACUGUCAUUUAAGAAAAAUCUAAAUAUAUUACAAUAUACAUAAUAAAAAAAAAUAUUUAAAAAUA